UGUUUUAUAAAAUUUUUAUAUCCUUAUAAGGAUAUAAACUAUAAUUUUGUGUUAUUUUUAUAUUUAAACUAUUAUUAUAUUUAAUUAUUUUUAAAUAAAUUUAUUUAUAUUUUUGUAUAUUUUUAUUAAAACUAAUAUUUUAUUUAAUUAUGAAAAUUGAAAACGUUUUUUUGGUUAUUUUUGAAAAUUUUGACAAGGUUGAAAAAUCGCUGGAAAUAUUUUUGAGGAAUUUUAGACAAAAAAUAUCGAUGAUAAACAAUUGGUUGGAAUUCGUCAAGAAUUUUUGACAAAAUAAACUCGAAAUUUGUUUUCACUGGGAAUUAGUUAUUUUCUUGUAUUUGCAUUAUCUAAUAAACAAUGCAACCAUAAACAACAAAUGAAAUAAAGUUUUAAUUGACAAAUCUUUUAGAAGAGUGAAACGUUAAUGGUGGACGAAGCCCCCACCUCAAUUGACAAUAAAAAAAGUGGAAAAGAGGGAAGAUAGCAGAGAGAAAAGUCCAAAGAGAGGAAAUCAUGAAGAGAAGAAGACAAUGUAACCUACUUAUUUGCCUCGAUGAAGAUAGAGGAGAAGAUAGAGGUGGAAUAUAUAUAGAAGAGAGAAAGAUUUGAGAGGAAACCCGAUUGAGCAUAUAUCAGAUCUAGAAUGGAUUGGAUUAGAUAACUCGAGCUUAUUUGGUUAAUCUUUUUAGUUUAGGGAAGGUUAUGAAAAAUUACCUCUGAUCUAAUUUUUAAAUUUUUUUAUCUUAUAUACAUUGUGCCCCCCGACUAACAAUAUAUCUAGAUCCAUCCCUGAUUAGGUCCAUGAGAUAUAUCAUAUUUUUUAUUUUUCUUAUUUAAUUAAUUAUCUAUAAUAUUUGUUGAUAUAUUUAAAAUUUUACAUAUCGUUGAAAGCCAGAAAAAUAUGUGGAAGUGUAAUAAAACAAUUUUCGCCAGGAAGAAGAUAUUUCAGCCAUUCGCCCAUCUAUGUGUAUGAGAUCCCAUUCAAGGCCAUAUUCUAAGAUUGACUUUAUCUAAUUUACUGUAUUUUCCGUGGGCUACUGAAUGAAUACGAUGCUUUUGUUGUAAAACGCAACCUAUUGUUCUCCAUUUUGAAUUUGAAGUGUUACAUUGUUGAUAAAAAGGAAGAAAGUACAAAGCUUUUCAUUUAGUGGUUGUUGCAUAUAUAUACUUAUUUGAUGGGUUUAUGAUAAGUAUGAACAUUUCACGUAACGGGUUUAUUUUGUCGUCAACACAUUAUCGGCAAUGUGAAAAGAAGGGGUGAGGUAUCUCCAUUUCAAUUCUUCUCUUUAUAUAUUAAUCGAAUUAUUUACGUAUCAAAUGAACGUUUAUAUAGAAAUUUCGUGUGGAAAACGACAUGUACACGGCAUUUCAAGACCAAUUAGUAAUAUACUUUAGUGGUGAUUACAUGUUUACUUAUCCAAUUGAGAAUUUAAAGCAUCGACAAUACCUUAAUGUCGAUUAAGCCGUCCCCACUUCAUGUAAUGAGUUAUGGGGGGGAGAGAGAGAUCCCGAAAUUCGUCAAAUAAAACAACUUAGAACUAAAAACCGACACCAAGUAUCAUAAAGGAAAUGUUGAAGAAGUCAUUUAUCGUAUCCAGCUCACAAUUCCUAAGAUUAAAUCAUGACCGUUGGAAGAGCUUAUAAGAUUAAACUGAAGAAAUUGUGGGUUUUAGAAGAAAGACAAGAAAGAGAAGAACAUGAUCUUACAUUGCCUAUUUUGGUGUAUAGGAGUUGUCAAAAAGAGGAGAGAGAGGAGACAAUUAGGUCAAAUAAAUGAGCACUAAAAAUGGAGACAUGUGUUGAGUAACUAUUACAAGAGCGACUUAUGCUUCUAUAUGGCAAUGAUAUCAUCACCAAAGUGCAAUGCCCCUUUUUGCCCUAGUUUCGUAAAGUCUCUCUCCUUCUUCGUCCUUAGGAAAAACCCUAAAUUAAAUCCUGUGUUCUUGAUCUUUCUUUUUGAGUAACCAUGAUUUUGACCACACACUAGUUCUUCUAUAUUUUGUGGUCUAUAGGAUUUUGCUUUAUAUGUGUUUCUUGUAUUGCUCCGUACGUGCGUAUAUAAAUUUAAAUGGUUACAACAAGGUUUAUUAUAAAUAGGCACAAAUUAGUCCAUGAAGUUAUUUAGCUUGCACAAGUAUAAUUUGUUAAGUAUUUAAAUAUAUAAAUUUGUUACAAAACUUAAUUAAAUUUAUCUGAUUAUAUUUUCUUUAGUGUUCUUCCUUUGCCAACGUUGAGGUAGCUAUUAUUAUUAUUAUUUUGAACAUUAUGUACGUAGUUAUCUUGGCUAGUUAUGAUUCGAAUUCUUAAUUUGGAUCACACUUAACAGUAUUUAAAAUAUUCUUAGAACUAAAAUAAUUAAGAGUUACCUUUAAAUUGAAGUAUUCGUGCUAAACAGAAACUAGAAUAAACAAAUGAUUGCAUGUUAAUUUUUUUUUUCGAUUUUCCUAUCAGAAUAAACACAUGAUUGCAUGCAAAUUUUGUUUUUGAUUACGUUAUCUUUUGUUUAUUUUAGUUUUGAUGCUAAUUAAUAUUUUUUAUUAACAACUCACAUACAUUCUACCUGAUUCUAGGUCAGAUAAUGACACAGCGCAACAAAAUUAAUACAAAACCUUCGGAAAGUAGAAUACGCAUAAGUAACUUUUUUGGGUACAUACGAAAUACAGUGAAAUCUCUAUAAAUUAAUAAUGUUGGGACUAUACCAAAACUAUAAUUUUUUUAUUAAUUUAUAGAGAUUAAUUUAUCGAUAUACUAAUUGAAUCAAAAACUUAAUUUGAGACUAAAAUAUUAUAUUAUUUUAUAGAGAUUUUUAGUGUAUAUUAAUUUAUAGAAUAUUAUUUUAUAAAAAUUUUUAGUGUAUAUUAAUUUAUAGAGUAUUAAUUUAAAGAGGUUAUACUGUAAUGUGAAUCUUCGAAAAACAUGCCAUACAUAACCACGGAUCAUAGUCGACACCUCAACGUGAAGCAAAUUUGACAAUCUACAUACAUAACCAACAAAAAGUAGAAUACCUUGAAAAUCUAAAACCCAAAAUAUGAUGUAAAACUCAAGCUUGGUCCAGAGCGUAAAAAAAUUAAAGCCAUCGCUUUGGUAUCACAUAUUUAAACGUCAGUUUUUUUUUUUUUUUUUGGGGGGGGGGGGUAAUAUAAAAAUAUAAUUAACAAAAAAAAUUUAUGAAACAAUUAGCAUGUAAAACACUAAUCUUUUGGUUGUGACAAAACGUUUUCACAAAUGUUCUAUAAAUAAAUUCAAGUGCAUUUUAUCUGCAAAAUAUAUACUUUCACUCAUAAAAUAAGAGCGUUUAAAACAUUCAUACACGCACUACAUUGACAUGACAAAAGAAAUCCGCAAAUACACAUGAUGUAUGUCGAAAAAAACAAAAAAUACACAUGAUGUAUAUAUAGAGAGGAUAGUAUCUAGGAAAUAAGACUAUAUUAUAUAUAUAAAGAAAAUAGAGAAAAGAUAAAAAUAUAAAUUGGUAUGUAUAAAAGAAAGGUCUAUGCGUCUCUAGUCCAAAAACUCUAUAUAUGUCUGGCUCAAAAGCAGAUGCAGCCAUAGCCCCAAUAGUCAUGAUGGAGCAUCAUCAUCUCCUUAUGAAUUGGAACAAACCUAUUGAUCUCAUUACAGAAGAAAACUCUUUUAACCACAAUCCUCAUUUCAUAGUAGAUCCACCUUCCGAAACCCUAAGCCACUUCCAGCCCCCGCCGACAAUCUUCUCCGAUCACGGAGGAGGAGAGGAAGCAGAAGAAGAAGAAGAAGAAGAAGGAGAGGAAGAGAUGGAUCCGAUGAAGAAGAUGCAAUACGCGAUUGCUGCCAUGCAGCCCGUAGACCUCGAUCCAGCCACCGUUCCUAAGCCGAACCGCCGUAACGUAAGGGUAAGCGACGACCCUCAGACGGUGGUGGCUCGUCGGCGUAGAGAAAGGAUAAGCGAGAAGAUCCGGAUAUUGAAGAGGAUGGUGCCAGGCGGUGCAAAGAUGGACACUGCCUCCAUGCUCGACGAAGCCAUCCGCUACACCAAGUUCUUGAAACGGCAGGUGAGGCUAGCUUCUUCAGCCUCACACUCAGCUUGGAGCUCCUAUGUCUGACCCUUCUUGCCUUUGUUAUUACCACAACUCGGAUACCUAAUUAUAAUUCUAUCACGCGUUUCAUGUUGAUAUAUAUAGAUAAAUGGUCGAAUAAGGAUUUCGAUCGAAGAUUGUAUGGCUAUUGAUUACGUUAUAUAUUGUACAAUAAAUGAUGUGUGUAUUUCAAUUAAUGUAUGAUAUAUAUAUAUAUGUAUGCAGUAUGCAUUUAUAUUCUAUUCUCUAUAAGGAGGCAACAUUGCCGGAUUAGGGCUUUGAUCUUAUGCAAGUUUUCCGACCAAAAAUAUGAAAUACUUGUUUGGAUAUAACAUAUGAAUCGGAUAAGUGUUACUAGUUAUAUAACUGGAAAACAAAUGUCUGGAAUAAGAAUUCCCGGGAGAACCAAGCCUUUCUCUAAUCCCUAAGAUUAUAGCUACUGAAACAAUGAAACAAUGAAGAAUCAGUUGGGCAUUAGUAAAAAAAAAAGAAUCAGUUGGGUUGCUUAUAAAAUUUUGUUAUAAAAUUUAUGUCGUAUGUGUGUUAGCCGUAGCUGUAAAUUUUAUUUCCUUUGUAUGUUAAUUGUAAAAGUAAAUUUAUUAUUCCCGAUGUUUUUAAUGAUGUAAAUUUAAAUCAAGAAAACAUAUUAAGUUCUGUUAAUAAAUGUAUUAUUUUUGUUUACUAAUUUCCAAUAAUUUUUUCAAGAAGUACAAUUUUUUGUUUGAAAUUUCUAAUUUAUCAUUAUUGAAUAAUAGAACAUACCUAAAAACCAUAAAACAUGUAUUCCUUGAAACAUUUUUUUUUAAUAUAAAAAUUAUCUUUUAGGAGCAGGUAAAGUACUUUUUUUUAUAAAAUUGUUAGUGUAUUUAUGUUCGUUAUAGAUGUAGAUAUUUUGCAUAAUAAUUAAUAAUAUAUGAGAUGUGUAAUGUAUAUAUGUGAGAGAAUUGCCAUAUUUAUUAAGCGGUUUUUGUAAAAUUGACUCAAAAUUUAAAGUCAACCACAAAACUAACAUAUGUUUUUUUGGACAUUUCAUUUGCCCUAUUCACUCCACAAGUUCAGAUUAUUUACGAAAAUGUCAUUAAUUUUUUUUCUUUCUGAAAUGGUAUUUUUACUCUCUCAACCUCAUCAUCUUCAAGUAUUUACAAGAUUGUCAUUGCCAUCAAUACACCAACCACCAUGAACAACCAAUUUGAAUAAUGCACCUUAAAUCGAUUUACACUUCUUCCUUCUCAAUUCUUAUGAACUAAAAACAACAUCUCUUUCACUUUCUCUCCAUAUUCAUCCAAAAAAUCUAAGAUUUUUAUUCAAAAAUUUUUAUGGUUCAUAGAACCAUUGAAGCUUACGAUUCUUGGUGUGUCACUUUUGUUUGAGAUUAUAGGUGCUUGGAAAAGACUUUUGUGUGCUAAACAAGUUAUCUCAAUGGUUGAACUAUGAAAAUCAGUGUUUUUUUUCCAGAUUUGUUCGCCCAACCGACUUUCGGGUAAGUUUUCUGGCUGUAGACGACUAACAUGGAAGUCUUCUGGUCAAUGCACUUCUCUUUGAUUGUCUUCUUCUGAUUUACAUUAUGUAGAAUGAACAAGAGAUGGGAGGAACUAGGGGUAGGUAAAAAAACCGGAACCGAAUUAUCAAACCGAACAGACCCGAAAAAACCGAACCAAAUUUAUGAAUUAUCCAAUUGGAUACUGAAAUUGUAUACCCGAAGAAUUAGAACCGAACUCGUACCGAACCGAAAACCGAAUAAUACCCAUAUAGAACCAGAUGAAAAACCUUUAUACACUACUUAUACGUAUAUCUUUAUAGUUUAUAUUUUAUACACUUGUUUUUUUUAUUGAUCAACGCUUGUUUUAUAGGAGAACCUUGUAUUGUUUUGAUAUUUUAUCCUCAUAAUUUAAGUUUUGGUUUCUGAAUGGGAAAAUCAUUUGAAUGUUAUUUUGGUGUUGGUUUUAAUUCAUUUAUUUGCAAGUACAUCAGAUUAAUUUGGAUAAUAUGGUUACAAAGUAAAAAGAAAAAACUGAACUUCAGGAACCUAAAAAACCGAGAACCGAUCUGAUCUGAUCCGAAAUUUUUAUGGUUCUUUAAUGGUUACCAAUUUCAAGAACCGAAAGAAA